UUUCUCUCCCAUUUCUACUCAAUCCACCCCCUAAUCCCUGGUUCUUCCGUCGUUUCAGCUCUGAAUAAGCGAAAUAAGAGUCCCAAAAUGGUUCUGUCCGACUCAUUCUUCAUUUAAUUGCGUGUGUGAUGCGAGUGUUUUUGGUAGAAAAUGGUUUUUAGUGUAUGUGAUGUUCUUGUUUUUUGUCGGUGGUGGUGGCGGUGGUUUCGAUUUUAAUGGAUGCGGUGGAGUUGCCUCUUCCGGCUGCCGUUACUGUGUCCAAGCUCAUGGGAUCGGAGGGUUGUGGUGGCGUUGGGGUUAAAAUGGGGGAAAUAGAGAUUCGGGAAUCGGACCGCGUUUCAAUGCUCGUUACUCCUUCAACUGAAGCAGGCAGCUCCUUUCGCAGUCAAAGAGAGAAAACUCAUAUGGGGAAGCAGAAGAGUAACUCAAAUGCCAAGCGAGGGGAUAAAAGAAACGGUAAAGUUAUUAAGGGUAAAUAUGAUUCUUUCUUGCUAAAGAAUGGCUUGGCAAGCUUCAGCUCUACUGCUGGAGGAAACAACAAUCUUGGGGUAUAUGGUUCGAAAUCCGAUAUUUUUGAUGUCACAAAGCAUUUAGGUGAUUUGUCGUUGAAUGAGCUCCUUGAUGGCACUUACAAGUGUCCUAGUUUUGUGAAAGAGAAGGGAAAGAAAGCAGCCAAUUUAACUGAAAAUUUACUGCAUUCAGUCACAAAGGCUUGCUCUGUUCUUCAACUACGAAAGCCUGGGCAGCCCCAGAAUUGUGUGGAGGAGGAAAAUAGUUACAGCCGGAAGGUUUCUUCUGCUUGUCUAAUGAGCUCUGGUUCUUCUUUAGCAAGCAGAACUGAUGGUGAUAAAGGAGAUACCAAUGCUACAGAUCUGUCCUCAUGUAACAAGUUGUAUUCACCUAAAGAGAUUUUGGAGCGCCUUGAACUUCCUCCACCCAAGGAUUUGGACUCUUUGCUCCUGGACGCAGCAAAGCCUGUUUUAUCUUCAAGGAAUAAUACAGAUCCACGCACAGGCAAGACUGUGUCUCACCGAACUGGCUUGCCACCUUUUCCUUGGUCGCAUACUGCUGGCAGCCAUUGUAAAUCUUAUUCAGAUGCUGGAAAAUUAUCAUCAAGUCGGAGCACAUGCCAAGGUAGAUGGGUGAAAGUAAGGAACACUCUUAAUUAUAUUGGGGACAAGCCUGGUUUCGUUGCAAACUUGGAAUCAAUCACUUACAAUCAGAGUCUAGUUCCUUCAAGAGGUCUGACAGCUGGAGCUUCAGAAGUAGAAAAUGCCCAAUCCAAUAGCUUGAUCUCCUGUGAAAGGGGUCUAUCAUCUUCUGCAACAUGCGCAACUUCCCUGGCUCCUUCAGCUAGGCAUUCUCCAAGUCUAGUAGCUGCUGCUCAGACUCUGUGUGAGAUUGCAGCCCGUUCCUCGAAGCAAAAUCCACAUGGAGUGAUGAAUUGGCAGAAGAAACCUUCCCAAAAGGUCAUGAAAGCUUGCACGUCGAGAUCAAAUGACAAAUCUGAAAAAAUAUUUGCAGUACCAAAAUCUACAAUGGGACUUGACAAACUGGUCCAAAUUGCAGAUGGUGUCCUUCCGUCAAAGAAGCCUAGGCUCUCUGGGAAUGAGAAGAGUGAUGAAUUUGGUCAUACCAAUACUGCAAAGAAAAGGCCAAUAAAUUGGUCUACUCCCAGAUCAAGUAGAACAUCUCCCAGCAAAUCGCUCAAGGACACAAUUGGAGAAACAAAACAUUCUAAUUCCAACAUUGUAAAGAAACCAUAUACGAUGCCACCAUCGACAAGAGUCUUGGACACGGCUGGUAAUAACAGCCAGCAGAAACUGAGGAAAUUGAUGCCCACACAUUGGAAUAGUAGGCCAGGCAGCAAGCUGGAUUGUUGA